AUGGUGCCGCUAUUUAAUAAAGAAGCCACACGUUAUUAUGCCCUGAAACCAUUUCAAAAUUCCGUUUGGCAGGCUGUCUUGGCCACCUUUGUCAUACUUUCCUUUGUCGAUGCCCUCUGGAUAUAUGUUCAUUCGCUGGGUAGUGCUAAGGCUGUGAGGAAACAUGAUCUCAUUUGGAAACUUCGUGACAGCGUUUUGGAGAAUUUUUGCUUCAUCAUCAAUGUGGCGGCCAGUCGUACCAUUAAAAAUCCUCCGGUAAUGAGGUUUCUAUUCUAUGCGGCCGUUUGGUUUCAUGGUUUCUUUUUAACCGCAAACUAUACAUCGCUGCUGGGUAGUAUUCUGACCGUGACCAUAUUUCGUGAACAGGUCAACACAAUGGAAGAUUUGAUACGAUUAAAUAUUUCCGUGAUGAUUAUCGAUUAUGAAUAUGAUUUCCUGAUGACGGGAAAACUAAAUCUGAGUGAAGAUUUCCUGCGUCUCAUCAAACAGGUGGACAGCGCCACAUUUGCUCAACAUCAGCUGAAUUUCAAUAGCAGCUAUGCCUAUUUUGUCACCGAUGAUGUUUGGCGUUUCCUAAAUAUGCAACAGAAGCACUUGCGUAAGGGUCUCUUCAAGUUGACGGACAUUUGUUUUGGUUCCUUCAAUUUGGGUUUCCCAAUGGAACCGGAUUCAGCGGUACGUCGUUCUAUGGAGUAUUUUAUGCGUAACAUCUAUGCCUUUGGCCUGUUGGAAUACUAUGAGAGUCAUGCAUUCGAUCAUGCGUUGCAGGCAGGUUUGGUACAACACUAUAAUACGGAUCGGGAAUAUACUGCAGCUGGAAUGCAACAUGUUUUGGUGAUUUUUGGGGUGCUAAUAUUUAUCUAUGAAUUGAGUAUUAUUACGUUUAUUGUGGAGUGUGUUUCUGCACGAUUGAAGAAGAAGUGUAGUAAAUAA